CUGAGCAACUUUCCCGGGCCACACCACCAAGCCUGCAAGAGCCUUCAGAAAUUGUGGAUGAACAGAUGCACAUUGUACAUGUGUCUGUCAUGGGUGGACUGAUCGCUCUCCUCUUGCUGCUGCUCGUGUUCACCAUCGCCUUGUAUGCCCAGCGGCGUUGGUACAAGCAACGCCGGGUCCCCCAAAAGAGUGCCAGUUCUGAGGCCACCCAUGAAAUCCAUUACAUUCCCUCUGUACUUAUGGGGCCCCAAGGCAGGGAGAGCUUUCGGAGCUCACGGCUUCAGGGUCACACCUCAGUCAUCGGCAUGCCCAUCCGUGAGACCCCCAUCUUGGAUGACUAUGACUACGAAGAGGAGGAGAACCCUUUGCAUCCGGAGCACGGCUACAGAGACGGCGAGUUUGGGAGUCAGACCGGGGUGCCGCUGGACAGCUCGGGCAGGAGUGGAGAGAAGCUUGUCUAUGAAAAGAAAGCUGCAGAGGUGUCUCAGGAAACAGUGGAGACCCUGAUGCAGAAAUUCAAGGAGAGCUUUCGGACCAACACGCCCAUCGAGAUUGGCCAGCUACAGCCCGCUGUGCGUAGCUCCUCUGUUGGGAGACGGAAACGCAGGAACCGGCAUCGAGGUGGUGUUGGAUUUGGCCACACCAAAGGCAAUUCAGGCUCUGAAGCAGAUGACGAAACCCAGUUGACCUUCUACACCGAGCAGUACAGAAGCCGCCGACGCAGCAAAGGUUCCCUCAAAAGCCCUGUGAACAAGACGGCCCUUACGUUAAUUGCUGUGAGUUCUUGCAUCCUGGCCAUGGUCUGUGGCACUCAGAUCUCCUGUCCACUCACUGUUAAAGUGACCCUUCACGUUCCUGAGCAUUUCAUUGCGGAUGGAAGCAGUUUUGUUGUGAGUGAGGGCAGCUACUUGGACAUAUCUGACUGGCUGAACCCCGCAAAGCUCUCCCUGUAUUAUCAAAUCAAUGCUACAUCGCCAUGGGUCCGUGAUCUUUGUGGACAGAGAACUACUGACGCAUGUGAGCAUCUCUGUGAUGAAGAGACUGGUGAGUGCAGCUGCCACGAAGGAUACGCCCCUGAUCCUGUACAUCGGCACCUCUGUGUCCGCAACACCUGGGAUCACAGUGAAGGCCCUUGGCCAUACACAACUCUGGAAAGAGGUUAUGAUUUGGUUACUGGAGAACAAGCUCCUGAGAAAAUUCUUAGCUUGGGCCAAGGUCUUUGGCUUCCUGUGAGUAAGAGUUUUGUGGUUCCCCCAGUCGAGCUUUCGAUCAAUCCAUUGGCUAGCUGCAAGACCGAUGUCCUUGUGACUGAAGAUCCAGCAGAUGUUAGGGAAGAAGCAAUGUUGUCCACCUAUUUUGAGACCAUCAACGACCUACUCUCCUCCUUUGGGCCUGUUCGGGAUUGUUCUCACAACAACGGAGGCUGUACCCGCAACUUCAAAUGCGUGUCGGACCGUAAAGUGGACUCCACCGGCUGUGUGUGCCCCGAGGACCUGAGACCCAUGAAAGACGGGACUGGGUGCUAUGACUACUCAAAGGGGAUUGAUUGCUCAGAUGGUUUCAAUGGUGGUUGUGAACAGCUGUGCCUUCAGCAAACUCUCCCUCUCUUGUUGGACCCAACAUCCAGCACCAUCCACAUGUUCUGCGGCUGUGUUGAGGAAUACAAGUUGGCUCCAGAUGGCAAGUCCUGCCUCCUGUUAUCAGACAUCUGUGAGGGCCCCAAGUGCCUCAAGCCAGAUGUGAACUUCAACGAUACUCUCUUUGGAGAGAUGCUUCAUGGCUACAACAACAGGACCCAACAUGUGAACCAAGGGCAGGUCUUCCAGAUGACAUUCAGGGAGAACAAUUUCAUCAAGGACUUUCCCCAACUGGCUGAUGCCCUGGUGGUCAUUCCUUUACCGGUUGAGGAGCAGUGUCGUGGAGUGCUAUCAGAACCUCUUCCCAACCUCCAACUUCUUACUGGUGAUAUCCGAUAUGAUGAAGCCAUGGGGUACCCCAUGGUUCAACACUGGAGGGUCCGAAGUAACUUGUACAGAGUGAAGCUAAGCACCAUCGCCCUCUCGGCAGGGUUUGCAAAUGUCCUCAAGAUCCUGGACAAAGACAGCAGCCGUGAGGAGCUGCUGUAUUUCAUUCAGCAGUACGGUUCCCAUUACAUAGCAGAGGGCUUAUAUGGCUCUGAAUUCAGCUGCACCAUCCAUUUCCCAAGCAAGAAGAUCCAGCAGCAACUCUGGUUGCAAUACCAGAAAGAAACUACAGAACUUGGGAACAAGAAAGAGGUCAAGUCCAUGCCCUUCAUCACCUAUCUCUCUGGCCUGUUGACAGCCCAGAUGCUGUCGGAUGAUCAGCUGGUCUCCGGCGUGGAGAUCCACUGUGAAGAAAAGGGCCGGUGCCCUUCUACUUGCCAUCUCUGCCACCGGGCAGGCAAGGAGCAACUCAGCCCUACCCCUGUGCUCUUGGAAAUCAACCACAUUGUCCCAUUGUAUAUGCUCAUCCAGGACAACGAGACCCGAGAGGCAUUCAAGGGAGCCCUCAUGAGCUCCUACUGGUGCUCAGGAAAAGGAGAUGUGAUUGAGGAUUGGUGCCGGUGCGACCUCAACGCCUUUGAUGAGAAUGGGCUCCCUAGCUGCAGCCCACUUCCCCAGCCUGUGUUGCGGCUUUCUCCCAACGUGGAACCUUCAAGCACUGUUGUCUCCUUGGAGUGGCUGGAUGUCCAACCAGCCAUUGGAACAAAAAUCUCAGACUAUAUCUUGCAUCACAAAAAGGUGGAUGAAUACACUGACACUGACCUCUACACAGGAGAAUCCUUGAGCUUUGCUGAUGAUUUACUCUCUGGCCUUGGAACUGCGUGUGUCGCUGCUGGUAGGACCCAUGGGGAUGGUCAAGAUGUCAGUCUUUACUCUGUCAUUUUCAAAUGCUUGGAGCCUGAUGGAUUGUACAAAUUUACCCUCUAUGCUGUGGACACCCGUGGGAGGCACUCAGAACUGAGCACCAUCACACUAAGAACAGCCUGUCCAUUGGUGGAUGACAGCAAGGCAGAAGAAAUAGCAGACAAGAUCUACAACCUGUACAAUGGCUAUACCAGUGGGAAGGAGCAGCAGACGGCCUACAACACCCUGAUGGAAGUCUCUGCAUCCAUGCUCUCCCGAGUCCAGCAUCACUACAACUCCCACUAUGAGAAGUUUGGCGACUUUGUCUGGCGUAGUGAGGAUGAGCUUGGCCCCAGAAAAGCACAUCUCAUCCUGCGACGGCUUGAGAAAGUCAGUAGCCACUGUUCAACUUUGCUACGCAGUGCCUACAUCCAAAGCCGGACUGAUACCAUGCCCUACUUAUUCUGUCGUAGCGAGGAGGUCCGACCCUCUGGCAUGGUCUGGUACAAUGUCCUCAAAGACACCAAAAUCACAUGCGAGGAGAAGAUGGUCUCUCUGCUGCGCAACAUGUAUGGUGAUUCCAAGGGGCGAUGAAAGACAGUGCCGGCCAACCGAGGCAACAGAGCAGAGGCACACCCGACUCAAGCGAGUCAAGGACAUGUGGCAACCUGCAAUUUGAGGGAAAGGAGAGCUGCUAGAUGAACAACAGCCAGCUGAGGGAUCAGCAAGAUUCUCCCCCCGCUCCCCUUUUUUAGGUUCUCUUUUUUAAAAUAAUUAUUAUUAUUUAAGAAGGAAGUACAUUAUUUUGCUCCGCUCAAGGGAAAAAAGAAAAAAAAUGUGUCAUCCUUUUCAGAUGUUUUUCCUAACUAAAUCCCUAGCCAUGUGCUCCAAAGCUGAGAUCAAGAGAUGGAGAAAAAACUCAGCUGGUGGGGUGGGGGGCCCGCAAGUGGUGGAACCAACAGCUUUCAGCUGUACUUGGGGGACAGUUGGUGACUCACGUUAGGUCUUUGCUCCGAGGGACUGAGACUUGGGUAACAUGAGAACUUUGUGCAGGAAGUCAGAAGAACCUCCAUUUUUGAAGGGGCAGCAUUCUUGAAGUAGCUUUGUUAGUGGGCCGUUACAAGAAUGGUGACACGUCAAACACAUAUCAGGUGUCAAAGAACGGCUCCUUAGAUGAUUCUCUCUACCAGUGUCCUGACAGGUUGUUCUGUGCAUUAAAACAUUCAUAUUUA